GUUAUGUUUUCUUCAUAGAAAAUUUCUAGUCACUUCCAAUUGCACAGAGGUACAGUCAUUAGGUUCGAGUACUUAUGACAGUCUCCAGGUCUAACCAAAUAGAAACAUGAAAAACACCAACAUGAAGCGACCAGCGACGAAGAAGGCUUCGAACAGCAAGAGUUCGAGUUUUUCGAGUUCCUCUUCGGUGAUGCCUUCUAAUCCAGCUGCGCCUCCAGUUGUGGUGGAAAGUGCGUUUGCCUACAAGCAAAGGCUGGAGACGAUGAGCAAUUUUAUGUUGCGCACACUUCUAGAGGCUUUGCAGAUGGUGCCUGGUCGGACGAGGCGUGCCAUGAUUGCCCAGCUAAUGACCGUUCGGACGAGUCAGAGUGCGGCCGCAAAGAAUGCUGCACCAGACCGACGUCAAGAAGAAGAGGUGGGAGAGACAAGAAGUGCUGUAGAUGGAGAUGAACAUCAUGAUGGAGAUCACUAUACAACUGAAGAUGUCGGGGCGGACCGCAAUGUUGAUAGACCAGUUGUAGUACGAGCACACAAUCAUUACACAUCACGACAUCAAGCUGCUAGUGCCUCUGCCUCGUCGAGCUCCAAGACACGAACCACAAAAAGAACAGCAUCGCCAGUUGAUGUUGAUUUAUCGAGACGUGCUCAAGCGUUUCUGCAAAAUUGCGAUUGUUAAGGCUACCGCUGGAGCAUCCUCACCACCAUCCUUAGCCCUUUUUUCAAGGGGAAAAAGGGCCGAGGGAGGCUCCCAGGGAUGCACGUCGGUACCUCUAAGAUUGCUACCAUCCUCCUGAGCACAUUCUGCUGUUCCAGGAGCUCCGCUUCUACCAUGCACGUGCUUCUCCUUCAGGUCGACCGUCUUUUCUGUUGCCGCAGGACUUUUUAUACAAUCAAAAACACAAGGAUCAUGAGGCAGUAGAGGAAGAGCAUUUCUUGCAGAUUUUAUGUUGUCGAGUUACUAGUGCAUCAGCUGGUGGCCAAAGAAGUAAAGGUGGUGGUACAAGUACAACUAGUGGAGGUCAAGAACAAGGUAAAAAUGUUGAGCAAGAAAUCUCAUUGGCCUGGCCGAAAAACAAAGUAGAAGUAACCGUCUCAGUAUCAACGAGAACACCUUCUUCCAGUUCUUCUUCAAACGCAAAGAACGACUUUAGCACUACGAGCUUCGAAAUCAAUCCUGGUACCACUGCAAAUCCGCUUUGUUUGCGCGAUGCCGUAAUUGGCUUAGCAGAAGGAGAGGACCAGCUAGAAGUAGAAGGUGGCUCGAAAACUCGAGUCUCGGUUUCUGUCUCUGUCAACGAACCAUUCUUUGAUGACAACGCAAACUACUUCGUCUUAGUGAGCUACGGUCGAUUCAGAACGGUUGCUGAGUUGAUGGAGCGCUUUUGUGAACAGGCAUCAGAUCCAAGAGGCUCAUCUUCUCCGUCUUCGCGCUUUUGUGAACAGGCAUCAGAUCCAAGAGGCUCUUCUCCAGUUGUACAUCCAGAAUCUUCAGCUGGAGAAAUAUUAGGAACAAGGCGUGCCCGUAGUGAAUCAACCGACAGUGUGGUAGAAAUUUUACCUGCAUCUCCAGCUCCACCGCCACUAAGAAAUAAAGGGUCUACAACAAGAACUAAGAGAAAAAGCACGACAACUCCAAAGAUAUUGCUCCCUUCAUCGGCCAACAAAAAGCGACGUCGAGGGUCGUCGCAGUCCUCCGUAAUCGCGAUUGAAGAUGAUGGUAAUGACUCUCCAGAGGACCACACAUCAGCAAGAGCACCAGGAACAUCUAGAGGUAACAACAUUUGUCCCCUGUCACUCGAUCAAAUCGAGAUCCCUGCAAAGGGAACCAAGUGCCGCCAUGAUCAGGCGUUUGACUUGCGGACAUUCCUAGAGUAUCACUCGAAUCCAAAACGGUCACGGCGAUUUCACUGUCCCAUUUGUGGUCAAUUUUUGUUGUGUAGUACACAAACUACAACAGUGGAAAGAAUGAUUCUUGGAACAUCAGGAGCACUUGGAGCAACAUUCAAUAUGUUGCGUGUUGUAGUGGAAGAACAAGCAAAAAAUAAACCUUCAUGAUUUUCAAAAAUAAGAUGAUCAUGAUAGAAGAUUUUUGCUUGGAC